GAAUGUUCAUUUCAUUCGCUCACAGUCCGCGAGGCCACGGUCCACGUUGGUCGUGUAUUUCGCUAAAUAAAUACACAUCGGAGUCUGUAAAUUGGAAUAUUCACAGUUUCUAAUCGGUACCAUCAGUUUAAUGAAAUAGAAUUUACAUUGCGAGUUCCAUUUGUUCGUUAUCUGAAGGAGAAAAGGAUCAUUUAAUCUGGCAGAUGGAAUGGCGUACUGAAAGUUAGAACUGUCAAGGUGAAGUAGAUCUUACACCAUGACGAAAAAGUUCGAAUUCAACUGGCAGAUCCCCACCCCGGAGCCCCUGUUACAGGGCGCGACGUUCGACCGAUGGACGGAGGAGAAGGACAACACGGAGCUGGAGAUGAACUGCCUGUUCAAGGUCGACGAGUACGGCUUCUUCAUCUAUUGGAAGAGCGAGGGGAAGGAUGGUGACGUGAUCGAGCUGUGUCAAGUCAGUGACGUCAGAUCGGGGGGUGUGCCCAAGGACACGAAACUCAGCGACAAACUGACAAACAAACACGGACAGGAUCUCGAAGACAAGUCACUGACGAUAUGCAGCGGGACGGACUACAUCAACAUCAACUACCAACACGUGGUCUGUCCCGACGCUAACACGGCCAAGGUAUGGUUGGAUGGUCUGAGGAAAAUAACGCACAACGUGAAAGCCAACAAUGUGUGUCCAAUGACUUGUCUCAAGAAGCAUUGGAUGCGGCUCUGCUUCCUCACGGAUCCGAAAGGCAAGGUGCCCGUCAAAGUCGUAGCCAGGACCUUCGCUUCAGGCAAGACAGAGAAACUGGUCUACCAGUGUCUAUCUGAGCUGGGUCUACCUUCAGGCAAAUCUGAUUCCAUGGAGAAGGAGGCUUUCACAUUCGACAAGUUCUACGCUCUGUACCACAAGAUCUGCCCGAGGAAUGAUAUUGAAGAGCUGUUUAGGACAAUUACCCAAGGCAAAGCGGAACGCAUCAACUUAGACCAGUUCGUGCAAUUCCUAAACGAGAAGCAGCGAGACCCGCGCCUCAACGAGAUCCUGUACCCGCUGUACGACGAGAAGCGCGCGCUCGAGAUCAUCACCGACUACGAGCAGGACGAGGAGGCCAAGACCGCCAAAUGUCUCACCAAGGACGGUCUCAUCCGCUACCUGAUGUCGGACGAGAACGCGCCAGUAUUCCUGGACAGACUGGAUUUCUACAUGGACAUGGACCAACCGCUGUCCCAUUACUACAUCAACUCGUCCCACAACACCUACCUCAGCGGACGACAGUUCGGCGGCAAGAGCUCUGUUGAGAUGUACCGACAGGUGUUGCUGGCUGGGUGCAGAUGCGUGGAGCUCGACUGCUGGGACGGCAAAGGCGAGGACGAGGAACCGAUAAUCACUCACGGCAUGGCCAUGUGCACAGAUAUCCUGUUUAAGGAUGUCAUCUAUGCCCUCCGUGAUACCGCCUUCGUAACAUCAGACUACCCAGUGAUAUUAUCCUUUGAGAACCACUGCUGCAAAGCCCAGCAGUACAAACUGGCGAAAUACUGCGAUGAAAUCCUGGGGGAUCUGUUGCUGAAGGAACCUUUGCCUAACCAUCCGCUGGAGCCCGGUCAGCCUCUCCCGCCACCCUGCGAGCUGAAGCGCAAGAUCAUGAUCAAGAACAAGCGGCUGAAGCCUGAAGUGGAGAAACAGGAGUUGGAGCUGUUCCGCCAGGGACAGUUCGUCAUAGAAGACGAGGUGAAGGAGGACGCCUCCGCCGCACCGCCACCCAAGAAGGAGGAAGAGCCGCCCCCGGAGGUAGUAGCGGCGGCGGCGGCGGAGGGUGCUGAUGGAGACGCGCCCCCGCCGGUCCAGUACACCGGCUCCACGACCAACGUGCAUCCCUGGCUCUCCUCCAUGGUCAACUACGCCCAGCCUAUCAAGUUCGUCAGCUUUGAAGAGGCUGAGAAGAAGAACAUCCACCACAACAUGUCGUCGUUCGCGGAGACCACCGGCAUGAACUACCUCAAGCAGCAGGCCAUCGACUUCGUCAACUACAACAAGCGCCAGAUGUCGCGCAUCUACCCCAAGGGCACGCGCGCUGACUCCUCCAACUACAUGCCGCAGGUGUUCUGGAACGCGGGGUGCCAGAUGGUGUCGCUGAACUUCCAGACGUCGGACCUGCCCAUGCAGCUCAACCAGGGCAAGUUCGAGUACAACGGGAACUGCGGGUACUUACUAAAGCCGGACUUCAUGCGUCGCGCGGACCGCAGCUUCGACCCGUUCGCAGACGCGCCCGUCGACGGCGUCAUCGCCGCGCAGUGCGCCGUGCAGGUGAUAGCCGGCCAGUUCUUAUCAGACAAGAAGGUGGGGACGUACGUGGAGGUGGACAUGUACGGGCUGCCGUCCGACACCAUCCGCAAGGAGUUCCGCACGCGCAUGGUGCCCGCUAACGGCCUCAACCCCGUGUACAAUGAGGAACCCUUCCUAUUCCGAAAGGUCGUACUACCCGACUUGGCCGUGCUCCGAUUCGGCGUAUACGAAGAGUCCGGCAAACUGCUUGGCCAGCGUAUACUCCCGCUGGACGGCCUGCAGGCAGGCUACAGACACAUCUCGCUGCGUACUGAGGCCAACUUCCCCAUGUCGCUACCCAUGUUGUUCUGUAACAUCGAGCUGAAGAUCUACGUGCCGGAUGGCUUUGAAGACUUCAUGACGGCUCUCUCCGACCCGCGCGCGUUCAUGGGCGCAGCUAAGGAGAGGACGGACAACAUGAAACAGCUCGGUAUUGAGGAGAGUGGCCCCGAGAAGAAGGAGGAGGUGAAGAAGGAAGAGCCGAUGGUGUUUGAGCCCAUCACAGUGGAGACUCUCCGCCAGGACAAGGGCUUCCUCAAGACUGGCAAGAAGCAGCAGAAAGACCUCGACGUCAUGAAGAAACGGCACUCCAAAGAGAAGAUGACGUUGCAGAAGCAGCAGUGCGCGGCGCUGGAGAAGAUGAUUAAAGGAAAGAACAAGGAACAGCUAAGCGGCGACGAAGCCUUCCGCAACCUAGUCGGCGAGCAGGCGCGCGCCUGGUCUGACCUGCUGCGCAAACAGCGCGCGGAGCUGUGCGCCGCCGCCCGCACGCGCCUCGACGAGCAGCGGGAGUUGCUGAGGAAGUUCAUGGACACCGCGCAGCAGGCGCAGAUGAAGCAACUGGAGGCCAAGCACGAGAGGGAGGUGAAAGAGAUGAACACUCGUCAAGCGAAGAUCAGCGUGGAGACCAGCAAGGAGGUAGCCAACGACAAGACGCUCAAGACCAAGCAGGAGAAGGACCGCAGACUGAGAGAGAAGAAGCAGAAUAAUACCAAGAAGUUCAUGGACGAACGCAAGAACCAAACAAUCAAACAGAAUCGCGAGAAGGAAAAACUGAAGGCGACACAUGACAAACAAGUUGAAGAAUUGUCCAAGGAUAUUGACAACCUGAUCGAGCUAUACAAGAUGGAGGAAUCGGAGUUUGAGAUGUCGAGCAAGUCGGAGUUCUUCGCAUGAAAGUAUCCCGAGAUCGCGCCGCUGCUAGAACAGCUGUCCUGACAGUGACAGAGCGUCGUUCUGCCCGCGGUGCCGCGACUGCUGUAGUAGAGAUGAUGUGACAAAUUCACACUGUCUUACAAGGAUCUUUCUUCGGCACUUUCUUAUAAUUAAGAAUGACAAUAAUGCCGACUUCUGCGAUGGUCGCCGGUUUAAUUAAAAAGGUGCAAGAGAGUACUCUCUCUUUAAUUUGGUAGACCAGUGGAACGGAUCACCGACGCGACUGGUGACUGGUGAGAAAUCUGUAGGCCUACUACGAAACCGUUUUGAGACUCAAUCGGCUGAGAGUGCC